AUUUAUGACCACAUUAGCAACGCUCAGACACCUGUUGACACAGUGCUUAAUCUCUCUCACCGACGAGGUGACUGAAAAAGGGCGAUCACCAUGGGGAAUAAGCCUUCGCAAGAGCGAAUGGAUAAAUGUAAUAUCCAGAAAGAACGCUACAAAUUUAUCGAGCAUCUGAUACAGUUGGAGCCUGGAUUGGCGGAAGAGAUACAGGACAGCUUAAAGCAGAGCGUAGGUUCUGAUAAUAAUCCCGAAAUGAUUGACCCUGGGAAAUAUGACUUCCCUUUCGAAAACCUGGCGUUCGAAGGUGGUGGAGUUAAAGGUCUGGCGCAUUGCGGAGCUGUCAAGUAUCUAGAAGAAAUCGGAGCCAUGUCAGACAUCAAGCGUGUGUCUGGAUCCAGCGCAGGGGCCAUCAUGGCGGUUCUGGUCGCCAUUGGUCUAAAUUGCAGUCAGCUACAAGAACACAUUGGAAGGAACACGAGCGAAAUAUUUCUUGACAGGGGUGGACUUGUAACAGGUCUCCGAAACCUCCUGAAUAGAUUUGGCUGGCAUCCAGGAGACAACAUGUACAACUGGCUUGGCGAUUUAUUGCGUCAGGAAACGGGGUCUGAAGACAUAACAUUUGAGCAGGUACGGAAGAAAUAUGGCCGCGAGGUGUGCGUGGUUGUCACCAACCUGAACCUCAUGACUGCAGAAUACUGUCACCCCAAAACUACACCGGAUAUGCCAGUCAGGAUGGCAGUGCGCAUGUCAGUGUCCAUUCCCGGCCUAUUUGCUCCUACUGUCUAUUCUCUUCAUGGAACAGAGGAUGUGUUUAUUGAUGGAGGAGUCCUCUGUAAUUAUCCAGUGCAUUGUUUUGAUGGUUGGUUCUUGUCCAUGGCAAAAGGUGACAACUUCCUCAAACGACUACAACCACUGGACAAUAUUCCUAUGUUGUAUGAAAACAGAUUCAAAGAGACAACAGCACACAACAAAACACUUGGGUUUCUCCUUUACGCAGACGACGAAAUAGAUUAUCUCAGGCCGGACCUGGAAAGGAAGAUCGGAAUUGUCCAACCCCUCAGGCCAAGCAAGGAAACAAAACUAUACAAGAAAUGGUUCCACAAGAAGGAGGAUAUGGUGAAAUCAAAACGUAUUCACCAGAGGAUUACUGUGGCCGUGGAUUCAUUUUUGAAGGUUCUUGAGGAAUGCAACACUGAUGAAGUGAACGUCAUUGACAGGGAAGAGUUAGAAAACGCACUCAAAAGCGAAUCGUUCUCGAAGGAUCAGGCAGAAAUUCUGUUUGGAAAGGAUGCGAGUCCAGAGUAUGUAUUUUCUCUUUUGGAUCAGGACGGAAAUGGAAAGAUUCAUUACAGUGAAGUUGUGAGUUUCAUUGAAGAACAUGGCAUCCAUAUCAAACACCGAUCACUUGGCUUCAGAAGGAAUGAUAUUAACAGCCUGCGGAGCUACAUGAGCGGCAUCAAGAACACACUAAUGUCAAACAUCAAGAGAAUCACUGUCAAGCCGAAUGACAUUGACAGGACUGUUGGCAUCAAUACCGGCCACGUGGACACCACAGACUUCGACCUUGAGGAAGAAGAUAAGGAGUUUGUGAUCUUGCGGGGAUACAACUCCUGCCGUGCCUUCUUGCAACAUUUCAUCGCUGAUAACAAUCUGCAACCCAGGGAGGACGGCAAGACAGGCGACAAAACGGAAGAGCAUCCUUCAGCUGAGAAGCAAUGAAACUCUUUAACCUCAGCAGAAAACUGGCCGUUGCAGUGAGGAAUGUGACCAAUGGAGAUUGUACUUCGCAGUGGUGGUGGUGGUGUGAUCGAGAUUAUAUUUGCUGAUAUGUGAUUAUGGACUAUUCUUAACUUUAUGCUUUACACAGGGCGGAAGGAAAAAUAUUUAUAAUAUAUAUAAAAUAAUAUUUUACUAGUUUAGAAGAGAUUGUACAAUGGUGCUGCGUCCAGCGUCAUUAUGAAUGUAUUGUGUACAUAUACUGAGGGUUAAAAGAAAGUAUACCGAGUUUGUUUUUCUUGAAAUUGAAAAUUGAAAGAACUGUUGUUGAACUUCAUUAUGUCUAUUUAACAAUCACUCAUAUCAUGGCGUUAAGUGCCGAUGUUAAAACAACAUCCAUUGUUCAAAGGGUUAACCGAUAACACGGUGAUUGAUUGCUCAUUGUUAUCUUACUCAAUGAAUUCUUUUUGAAGAACCGUGGACAUUAUGCAAAUAGUUGUCACGUGGGCUUUCUCAGCUGACCUUUGAAACUUGACACCCACAUGUAUGUGAAAC